AUGGUUGCUUUAGUGUCCGGAGAAAUCAGCGGGAGUUACGAGCCAUAUUUCAAAAUACUUAAGGAAGAGCCCGAAAUCCGAGGCGACUUCUCAGUUUUCGUGAAAGAUCUCAUCCUGUUCUCCGUGAAGGACGGUGUCUACGACGCCCGUUCCCGGGUUUGCAUCCAUUACGUCGCGAUGAAACUCGCCCUACCGAUUUCCGUUGUCGACGCAGCCGAACGCUCGCUGGUCCAAUGUCUUUCGACGGAGAGAGCGAAAUCAUCAUCCGCCGACGGUGAGGAAACCUCGAGACGCGACCGCACGAAAAAGAUUAAGAGAUACCUCAUGAUCGGAAUCGCGACUGUCGGCGGAGGGGCCGUGCUUGGACUGACCGGAGGUUUAGCAGCUCCUCUAGUGGCCGCCGGCGCGGGAGCUUUCAUCGGAGGAGCGGGUGCCGCGGUUCUCGGAUCGGCAGCAGGUGUGGCAGUCAUCUCUUCAAUCAUGGGUCUCGCCGGCGCGGGACUGACUGGCUACAAAAUGAACAAACGAUUGGGGGAGAUCGAGGAAUUUGCGUUCGAAGAACUCACUAAAGGCCAGGAGCUGCACGUGACUAUUGCGAUUUCUGGAUGGAUAUCAAGCGACAACUUCUCAGGUGCAAUGCUCGAAUGGAGACGAAUGCUCUUCUCCCGGGAACAAUACGUCCUCCGCUACGAAUCCAAAUACCUCUUGGAUCUGGGAACUGCAAUCGACUAUUUGUACGCGUUCGCUGUAUCAAUGGCUGCCCAGGAAGCAUUGAAGUACACAGUCUUAUCAGGCCUCAUAGCUGCGAUUGCCUGGCCGGCUGCUCUCAUCUCGGUCGCGGGAGUUAUCGACAAUCCCUGGGGUGUGUGUCAAAGACGCUCCGCUCAGGUCGGUAGACACCUUGCAGAGGUUCUGAUCCAACGCCAACAAGGCAACCGUCCCGUCACACUGAUUGGAUUCUCGCUGGGAGCCCGCGUGAUUUAUUACUGUUUGAAAGAAUUGGCCCGUCGACAAACGUGUGAGGGCAUCGUGGAGAACGCGGUCCUCCUUGGUGCGCCGGUUCCAGCUAAGACUGCAGACUGGGCGUCUUUCAAGCGGGUGGUUGCUGGGAGCAUAGUCAAUGGUUACUGCAGGGGUGAUUGGUUGCUGAAGUUCGUCUACAGAACCUCAAGCGCUUGUAUAAAUAUCGCCGGUCUUCAACCCAUAAAUUGGAGCGAUCGACGAAUGCGCAAUUUGGAUUUAUCUGAUGUGAUUACCGGCCACAUGGACUACUACGAUAAAAUUGAUCAAAUACUCGAUGUCAUUGGCAUAGGGACCAAAUCAGGUGAUAGACGUAAGAGAUCUUCUGCGGGGAGGGGGCCAAGAUCCGAAAAACCCAGACCUCAAUCACUUCCGGAUCUCCGGAGCUCGGCGCUUGAGACAUCCCAAUCGGCUCCUUCUGUGUCCGGGUAUUCCAGCUUGUAUAACUUGAGCAGCGGUCUCGGAUCAUCUCGAAAACAAGCAUCGUCCAAUUUCUCCUUCACAGCCUCGACACAAUCGCUGAGCAGAACGUCCAGAUGCAUCGAAUCUGAGACGACUUUGAGCGACUUUUCGGAAAUCGGAGACGAACUCGGAAAACUAUAAGUCAGAUUGCCGUCCCAGGCUCACCGCAUCCGUGUCGGCGCAGUUCGUAGGCUCCGAAUCCGGUCAAUAUUUAAAAAAUACCUUCUGUCGCUGGAGACCGGUGGAAGGGGGUUGGCUUCCGAUUUUGUGUGAUCAAACUCAGGACCCCGUUAAAGGAGAGAACUUCAGACCUAAUUCUGCAGCAGGGAGCGAUGCCGUCUGGAAGCGAGAUCUCGCUAUCGAGACCGAAGGGACGUAGUCAGUCUCAAAAAGGAAGGUUCC